CUUUGAUGUCGCAGCGCUCGCCCGCCGCGCCGUCGCGCUCGCAGUCGGACCGGGCGCUCCGUGCUCCGCCAGCCGCCGGCGCCCGCUGCUCCAGCCAAACUUCCCGGGGCUCGGAGGGCGGGGGGGCGGCGGCGGCACGGGGGCGCCCCCGGAGCCCGGCAUCCCGCGGCGCCUGCCCGCCCGCAGCCUGCCGAGCCCCCCGCGGGAGCGGGAGCGGGAGCGGGGAGGGGAGAAGGGAGGGGGGCAAAGAAAAGAGUGACGAGGGAAAAGCAAAUCUUCGUAUUUUCUAAAGGAAGGAUUUAAAGGGAAUUUGGAAAGGGGGAACAAAAUUAAAGGGGGAAAAAAACUUUAAAAGUUGAAAGGAGGAAAAAACUUUAAAAAGAAAAAAAAUUCAAGAGGGAGCUAUUUUUUAUUUUUAGUUUUUUUUUCAAGAGGAGGAAAAAAUAAUUGAGGGAGAGGAGAAAAAAAAAAAAUUGCGAAGGGCUUGAUCCGGGAGAACAAUACUCGCCGGGAAAGUUGCUGCGCGGCGGGGAGGGAGCGGCGGGAGGAAAAUGCCGCAGCUGGGCAGCGGCGGCGGGGACGACCUGGGCGCCACGGACGAGAUGCUGGCCUUCAAGGACGAGGGCGAGCAGGAGGAGAAGAUCCCCGAGAACGCCUUCACCGAGCGCGACCUGGCCGACCUCAAGUCCUCGCUGGUGAACGAGUCGGAAGGCAGCGGCAGCCCGGCCGCCGCCGCCGCCGAUGCCGAGGCCCUCCGGCGAGUGCAGGAUCCGCAGCGGGUGUACCAGGAGAAGCUCCCGGACCACAUGGAUGAUGGCAUGAAACAUCAGGACUCGGGGAUGUAUAAAGGAUCUGCCUAUUCUGGUUACCCUUUCCUGAUGCUCUCAGAUCCGUAUCUGCCCAAUGGAUCUAUGUCACCUCUGUCCAACAAGGUCCCUGUGGUGCAGCCGUCGCACGGGGUGCACCCGCUGACGCCGCUCAUCCCGUACAGCAACGAGCACUUCAGCCACGGCAACCACUCGCCCCACCUGCCCGCCGACAUCAACCAGAAACAGGGAGUGCACCGUCCUUCCCAGACCUCAGACAUCCCUGGUUUCUACCCCCUGCCCCCCGGUGGAGUGGGCCAGAUCCCGCCGUCGAUGGGAUGGUUCACUCACCCGCUGAUGCUGGGCUCUGGCAUGCACACCACGGGCAUCCCGCACCCUGCCAUCGUGCCCCACUCCGGCAAGCAGGAGAUGGAGCACUACGACAGGAACAUGAAACCUCAGCCAGAACCAAAGAGGGAGAAGGAAGCCAAGAAGCCCACUAUUAAGAAGCCCCUGAAUGCUUUCAUGUUGUAUAUGAAAGAAAUGCGGGCGAAAGUCAUCGCUGAGUGCACCCUGAAGGAGAGUGCUGCCAUCAACCAGAUCUUGGGAAGGAGGUGGCACGCGCUGUCCCGAGAGGAGCAAGCCAAGUACUACGAACUGGCCCGCAAGGAACGGCAGCUCCACAUGCAGCUCUACCCCGGCUGGUCUGCCAGAGACAACUACGGGAAAAAGAAGAGAAGAACACGGGAAAAGCAGCAAGAUUCCAACUCAGAUCCUGCCUCUCCUAAGAAAUGCAGAGCUCGCUUUGGCCUCAACCAACAAACGGACUGGUGCGGCCCGUGCAGGAGGAAAAAGAAGUGCAUUCGGUACCUACAAGGAGAAGGACGCUGUGCCAGCCCAGUUUCUUCCGAUGGAAGUGCUAUAGACUCCCCUCCAUCCCCACCGGACGCACUCCGAUGCAUCCCCUCCGCCUUCCCGUCAGAGCAGCUCGCAGCCCCCGCCGACCCCGCGCACCGCGACCAGCCCGACCCCUGCCCCGUGUCCGCGCACCUCCCGCCCGCCUCCGGCCCCUCCAGACCCGGCUGCCGCCGCUCCCCGGCGCCCCCCGCCUACAGCCGCGCCUCCUCGGGCACAUAGUCCCUGCCAGCCGCUGGCCACACCGGGCACUGCGCUCGCCCACCUGGUUCUGCUGUCCCCGCACGAGGAGCAGAGCCCAGCCAAAUCCCCAUCUCACUGUAAAACACGCAAAGUUUGGCGACAGGAUGAUUUAAGUAUGAUAGAAAACUCACUUGGUUGGGGUUUCUUCUGGAGGGGAGAGGUGAUAAAAAGCAAUUUCAAAAAAAGGUAAAAAAUAAGUACUUGCCAAAAUUUAAAGUGCUGAUGAGUAAACAAGCCUUUUGUCCCUGCCCUGUGAUGCUUUUUUUUGUUUGUUUGGGGUUUUGUUUCGGUUUCUUUUUUACUGCAUUAUCUCCAAGUGUGGCAGAGAGCAGAGCCAUGUCCCCAGCUUGCUGCUGUAGGUGGUAGGUGCUGUCAGUCCAACCUUGGCUUCCACUCCUGCCCUCCGAGCUGCUUCAAAGUGCAGUCACUCCCAGAUCUCUCACAGCCCUUCCACCACGGAGCUGGAAAAGCUGGAAUAGGAGCAUUUUCUAAAAGCCCUAUGUCUGAAAAGGAAGUGUAGCAGUGCCAGCGUUCUGAUCUGACCGAGUAAAAGAGAAAUAUUUAAACCAGUGAGGUGAAUUAUUUGGACUUCUUGUCUGAGAACAGGAAGAUGUUGUUUGCAGGUCCCUGUGCAGACGUGUCCCAUUCCAGGGCUGUACAGCAAGGCAGAGAAAGAAGCACAGACCGCUGGAAGGGCUGAUGGGUGCUCAGGGCACCGGUCAGGUGGAGGGCCUGCCCUGCUGUCAGGAAUUGUCCUCUGCAGAUGUGGAUGGGCAGAAAUCCCCGCAGACAGACUGACCGAAGCCUCAGGAGUCACUGUUGGUUUUGUAGGCUCUGAGGGAGCUCUGCAGGUCCACAGCAGUGAGCAGGGGAGGGCGGGCUGGCCCGUGGCCCAGGCUCACACCGCUGCCCCGGCGGGUCCUUCCUUGGAGGGGAGGUGUGAGCUCUCCCCUUGCAGGGCACUCACUACCCUGCCCCAGGCUGUAGGCAUCCACCUGUACAUACCCUCGGUGAGAUAAGAACCCUCUUUUUCAGAAUCCAGUGUAGAACUUGUUAAAAAAACACUUAUUCUAGCUUUUUCUAAAAGAUUCUCCCUCCAUCCCAAUGACAAUGCCAAAUGUUAAUGUAGUCUCUCCAGCUUUAAAAUGUUUAUCAGUUUCUGGUAUUGUAUUUAUAUUUUGAGUUUGAUAAACAAAAAACACUGUGGAUGAAUUAUGAUCUCCAUGAACUGAUGUAAAUCUCAAAUAAUUCCAAGUUCUGGAUUUACUUCAGGUUUACAGUCAUCUCAGAGAUCACAAUAUAGUUCAGUGCAGACUUUUUUUCCUGUUCAAACGAUAUAUAUUCCAGACUGCUGAAGAGAAAAAUGUCACCACACAAAGGUAGAGGGGGCACUAUUUUUUUCGUACUUGAUAGAUGGAUUUUGGAGUACUGAAUACAAAUUAUGUAGUAAUAUUAUUGUAGAACUGCAAGAAAUUUAAGAUGACCUUUAUAAUGUACAAACUAUUUUUAUAUUUUUUUCUUAAUGCAAAAACACCGUAAUUUUUUACAUUGGAUUAAACAUAACUUUUUAACCAAGUUUAUGCCUCAAAGAUUUAAAAUUAAAAAAAAAAAAAAAAAAAAGCCAAACCUAACUAGUCUGUAGAGCAGCUUUGGGUUUAGUCCCUUUAUUUAGACAGUUUUGCUUCUAGCAGUGUAGAAUUUUUAUUUCUGGUUUUAGUUUAGAAGAUCUAAACCUGUUUCUUUAUUUCUCUCCUGUGUAAAUGUAACUUCAGAAGCACUGACAGAAACCUAUGUGCACAAACCUGACAAAUUUGCAAAGAGUCAUUUUGAAGUUUGAAUCAUUUUAACCCUUGGAGAAGCAGCAUUAUCUGAUCCAGUGCCAGCUGUACUCUUGUGUACUGACUGCACUCAGAGGGUUAAUUACAUAGCACUAGAUCAAUAUGCAAUCUGCUCAUUUUAAAUUAUUUUAGCAAGCUUAGCCAACAGCAUGUUCUGGUGCUGAACAGAGGAACUCAGUAGACUUGCCAGACCUGAGAUAUCUCUAUAAUCAUUUGAUUUUCAAACAAACAAACAAGAAAAACAGCUUUAAAACAGCUGUGUCUCCGCUCAUCAUUUGUCACUCUGAGACCCUCUACUGUAAGGUGCUGUGAAAGUGUCACCUACUGGAAACACCACAGAUGACAGACCAGCCACCACAGCCUGUGUACCCCACACUGGGGGUAAGGCUGGUGUAACUGAACACGACUGGAAUUGCGUGGUUGGAUGACAGAUGUAACUUAGCAGCAAAGCAAAGGCAGGUAGAAAGAAAAUGCAGAUGUGUCUGAGUAGCACCAGAGGAAAUUUCAGGGCAAGUCCUGAUCAGUAUUAAACUGGCCGAGGCACCCAGACCAGCCCUCAUUCAUUUCAUGCCCUGGGACUUGCACCCACUUAUUUCAAGGCUCCUCUGGCCCCUCCAUGGUGCUGCGAGUCCCUGCCUCGACCAGCAAAAGGCUCAUCUGCAUUACAGCCUCCUCUCACCAUUGUUAUUCCAGCUGAUUCCUGCAAAAGCUCCUUAGUGAUACCCAACACUCCCUCUCCAGGAGCCCUUCCCUGUGCCCUGUGGCACGGAAACCUUUCCAGAGCCCCGGAGCUGGAGCAGUCACACCAGAGCCUUGUUCUGCCUGUGCUCUGCUCCAUACAUACAGGAUUAUGGCCAGACCUUACCCCGUGCUUCCAGCUACUGCAGAAUAAACUCAGAAUAUCCACUGGUGAUAUACUACACUCAGUUUAUACUGGGGUAACUGAAAAAAAAUCGUUGUUUUUAUUCCAAAACACAGAAGAGAUACCUUUAGGCUGCCCCCUUCCAAGACAAAACAGCAUGACUGACUUCUGUUCCAUGGCCCCACGGCUGGUAACCAAUGCCAAAACAAGUUAUUCUUACUAAUACCAAAAAAAGUGUCUUUAGAACUGCCACAUGAAGUGUUGCUAUUUUGUGUUAAUACUCUUUAUUGACAGAAGGAAGACUUUGCCCUGAAGUUUUUAUCUCAACAAGAUUUUUUUUUCUAGUUAUUUUACAGCAGCUUUAACUCUUCCUGAAAUAUAUAUUUGAAUUUCUGGAAUCAGUCUGAAUGUAGAAAUCAUGGAAGUACCACUUCAUUAAAACAAGUAAAACCAUGGUAUGUAUGUAGCAGGGAUAAAUGUUUUGCAGCUGUAUCUUCAUUUGUCCAAUGACUACCCAUCAUUUGUUGUAAUUUUUUUACUUCACUGAGUUUGUAUUUUUUGGCUUUUAUGUUCAAAGUAUGUUUAUAGCUUUAUAAAUAAAGUAAUUGCCAGACUGGCUGUUUAAAAGAGGCCACUGGAAGUUAUAAUGCUAUCAAACUCUCCAGUAACUAUUUCUUAGCAUUCACUGCUUUUGUUUUUUCCCUUCAGCAUUUGUAUGUUUGAAUAGUUGUUAGAAUAACUGCCAAUAACCUUCAGUGGGUAAGAUGGAAAUAGUAAGCUGAGGGUAUGAAGAAAAUACUUUUUUUUCUGUAAUUCCUACUGACACCCAGCCUUCCCCACCCUUGAUCCCUUUUAUAUCUAGGAGAAGCCUGAUCCCUGAUUGUGCACUGACUUAAAAAAUUAGGGAAGCCCCAUACACCUUAAACAGGAACAGAAAGUUUAAGAGUGGGAAAUCAGUCUCUCCUGCUCUCUGGAAUUUCAGAGUCCACAGCCAGUGCCUGUUACAGCAGCACAGCAGCAGGUUCAGCUGCAGCAUGGGACACAGCGGCAGCCACAUGACAGCCCGAACUCUCAGCACUUCCCAGUGUCCUUCUCGACAGCUCAACACUAGUGUUACUGGAGUGGCUAAGACAACUUGAGAGAGUCAAAAAAAGUCUUUUCCUGCUGACAUUCCUGCCAGGCAGCUACAGAAUUUGAAUCUGGCCGAAGUCUGAGUCAGUACUACAGGGGAAUUUCAAUUAGAGACAGUAAGCUGUACGCAAUCCUAACUCCCAAGACUAGUGAGGGUAUUACAAAUCUGCCAAAGCUACACAAUGCCUUGAGCACACAGCCCAGGCCUCCCCUACCCCUUCACAGCUGCCUCAGCCAAGUGUCACAACCUGGGGCUUCAGCAGAUGCUCAGCACGGCACAUUCAACCAGCACAGCUCAGGUUUUGGGCCAGCUGCUCUCACCAUCACCGAGUUUUAUCCCAGGUGUGGCUAUGCAAGCACAGCACCGUUGGAGCAGUGCAAUGAGGAAGAUAAACUGUGUCUUUGUCUCUCCCUCACCCUGAAGCAGCACAAGGCAUCGUGCAGGGCGGUGGCUGCUGACAGACAUUGACACUGAGCUUAUGACAAGCACCCAAAGGAAUUUACACAGGCUGCUGCCACCAAACACAAUGACACCAGACCUCUGGAUCAGCCACAGCACUCUGAGGGGGAACAAGUGUACUCUGGAACACUGCACACACAGAAGGGUUUAUUUCUUGUAAGAAUCCAGCAUAAGCUGAAUAUCAACUACAAACAUAGCCACAAAUGACAUCACAUUUUCCUCUAGAAGCACUUUUAAACUAAGGUGAACUGUUUGUCAUACAGGCUGCCGGAAAGGCUUCAGCAUGUCCAUGUGCAGCAGUGGAGUGUUUUAUGCCCACUGACAAUGUCUAAUACACCCAAUAUAAUGCACAGCAGCACAAGGGCAGACCCCUCAACCUCCUGAGCAACCAGAUAUGAGGAACAGUUGUAUCCAAAGCAUGGCUUUGAAUGCUGAUUUAGAGCAAAUUCUGAAUGCUUUCAUAAUGGUUACAUCCACAAUUUAGGUAGUCCUGGGAAGCCAUCAAAAAAAUCUCUCAGGAUAUUCAAUCAUCACCUAACUUCAUCUCAAAGCUGCCCACUGUGUCAGACUAGUACCCUGCAUUAGUCAUGUAAAAAACCCCUUUACAUCUGUUUUAUUUCAAUUAACCACUGCCUCAGUGCUAUUACUUCUACACUCAGUAACAAGUGACAGUAAAAUUGUCUAGUUCCAAAUAACUAGAACCAUUUGCAAACAAAAGUUUAAAAGCCCUUUAUUAAUUCAGAAGUGAAACACCAAUAUUUCAAGUGAGAUAAGUAUGUUUAUUAAGGUUCAUUCUACUCUAAGGUUUAUACAGAGAAUGGAAUGCAAUACAAGCUAAGAGCACACCUCAAAGAUCUACCACACAACCAUCCCCUACUCCCUAUAAGGGAACUGUUAAAAAAAAAAAAAAAAUCAGAAAACCAGUUACUGUUUAACUAGUUGCAAGUGGCUUUGUCCAAAGAAGUUAAGCUUGAUAUUGCAUUAGCUUUGUAUGCAAUAAUUAAGUCCCUACAAGCUGAAGUAUACAGAGGCAUGAGAUUUCCUGUGGACACAUGAAACCAGGUUUCCAAGAGCUACAUCACAAGGGUCUUUAAAACUGCCUAAAAACCAGCCACUAAUGGCAUGCACAGGUCAAUAAUAUUAACUUUGGUAAUGUCAGUCAUUUUUGGUCAAAUCUGGAUUCCACUUUAAGCA